AACACAAUUGAUUGCUUAUUAAAUGACGUUUAUUUUUACGGCAUAAAACCAAGCGUAUCCUUAAUUGCAAUCGUGAUUAGAAAUUAGAAAGGCCCGAGUCUGGGCCUUUCUAAUUGUUUACUUUAUGUCUCCGAGUCUGCUGUUCUAUAAGACCAUUUGAGAGUCUUUUUAUAGAAAUGACAAAUACAGCCAUUUUCGUCCAGCCUCGUAUCUGCUUCUGCAGCAAAAUGUCCCCAAAUUUCCUUAAUCAAUACUAGGAAUUUAUAUCAAACGAAAAGCAUGGGCUGAAUUAGAACUAUGGCUUGUUGAUCUGCAGGAUUUUAUGUGGAUAUCAGGACGAAUUUAGGAGAUCUUUAGGAGAACAUGACAAAUAACACAACUCAAGAAAUCCUCGACCGACUGGUUUACAACAAACACCCUUUGAGUGUGACGGUGGUCGAACUGAUCGCACUUCUCGGAGUAGUGGUGUGGGCCGCUGGAUACCGCCUAGUUAAGCCUUGCAUGUUUCUGGCGGGAUUCACGCUCGCGUUUCUUGUCUUCUACGCCGUCAGCCCUAUGAUCUUCAGGACUAGCGUAUGCUGUGGCGCGCACGGAAUAGGCUGGGUUCACCUCCUAGUAAGUGUAAUCAUCGGGCUGUUUGGUGGCUUUCUGGGCUUCAGGCUCUACCGACUAGGCGUAUUUACUAUCGGAGAGUGUCUGGGCAUGAUUGUUGCGCUGGUCGUACUAAGCUCACCACUCAAAACGUACUUUAGAACGGAUACAUCGUACGCCUGUUUUAUGGCAGCUGUGUCCGUGGCGUUUGGAAGCCUUGCGCACUUCUAUGAAAAGCCUAUAGUUGUACUUUCCACUGUGGUAUCCGGUUCCCUCGCAUUUUUUUAUGGGCUAGAUUACUUCCUGCGCACGAGUUUUUCGGUGACGGUGGAGCACCUCCUACUGCGUAUUAGGGACGUGGUCGAAGAAGAGGUCAAGAGCGAAUACAGCAACUGGAUGUACCGUCCUCAUAUCCCAGACCACCUUGCGGUCAAGCUCACACACAACGCCUUUCCAGUGUUUGUUGCGUGGGGAAUAAGCGUUGCCAUAGGGAUGAUCGUGCAGUACCGCGUGACAGCCAAUAAGGAGCGAGAGAAAGACGUCUUUUCUUGGUGUAACUGCUGCGACAGGCCUAGACCCGACAAAUGAAUAAAAGUCUCCUUAUACAAUAAUAACUAGAAGAGGGGAGGAGGGGGGGGGGGGGUGCAAACAACAGAGUGGUAGCCAAGGGGUUGGACGGUGCAUGAUUUUUGUUGAAUCUUUUGUAGGGAUUGUGUUUUAAGCACUAGGGGAGGGAGGAGGAAAAGGAAGAGGGGGAGGUCUCGAGUUAAGGUACUGACAACCCCUGGGGAGGAUAGGGGGGAUAUGCGAAUGUCUCAAGAAAAUUAAAGAAACAUAAAUAAUCA